AAUCCCUUACUAUUUACUACCUUUUUCUUGCUUGAUACCUUCUUCCGUGCAACUUCCUUUAACUCUACUUGUCCUUUUUUUCAUUUCCAUGACCUAUAUAAAUAGCCUAAAAUUCAACACUUUAAUGCAUCCAAAUUAACCAAGAUAAAAGAAAACACAAGAGUAAGCACUAAAAAAAGAAAGAAACAAGUGUUGAGAUGGAGAUAACUUCUAUUUCUUCCAAACCAGGUGCCAAAGAAGAGAGAAUUGAUCUAACCCAAAUCACACUCCGACCCCUUAAUCUUUCUGACCUUGAUGAUCUCAUGAUAUGGACAACUGAUGAAAAAGUGGCCAAGUUCUGCUCUUGGGAACUCUACACCAGCAAGGAUGAUGGCAUCAACUUCAUUGAAAAUAUUGCUACCAAGUUUCUAUGGUGCAAAGCAAUAUGCAUCAAUGAUCGUGCAAUUGGGUGUGUUUCUCUAUCCUCGAGUUCACCUGGUGAUAAAUCCAGGAACAAAUGUGCAGAACUUGGCUAUGUUCUAGGCUCUAAAUAUUGGGGUAAAGGGGUUGCCACUUGUGUUGUGAAACAAGUGGUUAAGGUUGCAUUCUGUGAGUUGUCUUACUUGGAAAGGCUUGAAGCUCUUGUUGAUGUGGAAAAUGCUGGGUCUCAAAGAGUUUUGGAGAAAGCUGGUUUCCAAAAAGAGGGAGUUCUUAGGAAAUAUUUGGUCAUGAAAGGAAAAAGUAGAGAUAUGAUCAUCUCCAGUGUUCUCUUUACUGAUCCCCAACUAUGAUUCAAUUGUUUGGAAAAUAUAGGAGAAUUUUCACCCUAUGACAAAAUCACACACAUUAAGAUAGAUGAUGUGUUCUCCAUCUCUAUGACAUCUAUUAUUUAAGUUGUAUAUGCUUUUUAGCUUUUGCUUAUUUGGUGGAUUUUAAAAGACUAUUGAAAUGCAGCCCUCUGUAUUGCCCAAUCUAACAUAUUUUGCUGCACAGGAUUUUCUGUCUUGCAAGCAGAGCAUGACCAAAUUUGGAUGGCUUCCUAUGUCUAAUUCUUUCCAAUCUAUCAUUCGCUGUAAUAUCUUUUGAAUGUCAAAAUCAAAUUUCCUCUACCUUGAAAUAGAAAAUUGGAAUUCAAUUCAUUGUGUUAAACAUAAACUAAUGAUGGAUAUUGAGACUACUGAUGCAUAUGAUGGUUCUUACCUCUGUCGUUGAAAAAAAGAAAUUAGAUGUUCAUAUUCGUUUAGAAAACAAGAUGAUCUUUAUUCAAACUAUGUCUAUCAUCAUGGAAGACUAACUGGAAAUUCGAUGUUCUCCAACAAAUUUAAACUCAAUGUUAGUCUGUUUUCAGCGACAUGCAAAUAAAAUGGAGUCAAAAGCUUGUUAUAACUUGAAAAUUUGAGUUGGCUGACUUAUAUAGAUAGACUUGAGCAAAAUCGGUUGCCAAAAUCUUGUAAUAUUCACGGAGGAACCUUGAACGAAUGAAUCUUGUGUAAUAUGCAAAAGCUUGUUAUAACUGAUUUUUGUCAAAGAGAUUCAUAUUCAAGCAGAAACUACAAGGAGGAACUACAAGCAGGUGGAACUCACGAAAUGGGGAACAACCAGGAUUCAUCAGUAAUGAAUGAAAUGAGUUCAGAAGGAUCUGCAAGCCCUGGCCAAAACAGUCUAACAGGAUGCCCUAUUUCUUCAGUAGAGUUUGUAGAAGUUAUCCAAAAUGUAAUGUGAUUUAAACAAAGCACAAAAUAUGACAAAUACCAUUACAAUCAA